UAUUUCAUAAUAAUUCAUACUAGUUGAAUAAAUUCAGAUUUGUAGAUUUAUUGUUGUUCAUUUUUGAAAUUUUGAAUUUACUUUAUUUACUUCAAUCAUUGUUGAUGUCAUGUAGAAAAACUCCAUUUCGUAUUAUGAUUUAAUUGCCUGUACUGUACGAAGCUCUAUAAACACAUAACUAAGUUAUUCAGAGUUGUAUGUAUGUCGUAUGGUCGAAUUGGAUUCGGAAUUCAGCGAUUCAUACAAUUGUUCUCAAAGAACUCGCUUGCUGUCCCACUAAAAAAUAUGGAAAAUAAUAUAUCACAACAUUCGGUUACGCAUAUUCGUAAUAAAUCAAACGUUGGUGUCCAGUGUUCCACGCUAAACGAUUUAGAAACAACCGACUGUAAAUCAGAUGAAUGUUUGGCCACCGACGAAGACGAAUGCCAAGAAAACCCAGACUUAUUGCAGAUAAGUAAACGUAAACUUAAUGGUCAGGCUGAGCACACGAAGAAGCUCAAGAAAGCAAAACUGGAUCCUGUUCCAACGACACGCCCAGGUUACACGUCUGAGAGGUUCGACGAAACGUCUUAUUACAUCGAAAACGGUCUGAGGAAGGUUUAUCCUUAUUACUUCACAUUCACCACCUACACCAAAGGACGAUGGGUGGGCAGGACUCUGAUGGACGUAUUUGGCGAAGAGUUUCGCGCCCAUUCGACCGACGAAUAUGAACGGCAUAUCGAAAAGGGUUCACUGACGAUAAACAACGAACGCGUGACCGCUGACUACGUAUUAAAGCAUAACGAUCUUCUGGCGAACGUGGUGCACAGACACGAAGUUCCGGUGGCUAGUGGCACGAUCGACAUCAUACACUUGGACGAUGAUAUCGUGGUCGUCAACAAGCCCUCCAGCAUUCCGGUACACCCGUGCGGCCGUUACAGGCACAACACCGUGAUAUUCUUGCUAGCGAAAGAGCACGGAUUGAAAGAUCUGAAGACCAUCCACCGACUGGACCGGUUGACCAGCGGCGUUCUGAUAUUCGGCCGGACAUCGAACAGAGCGCGGACGCUGGAGGCGCAAAUACGCGAUCGAAAGGUAAACAAACAGUAUGUGUGCCGCGUCGACGGCAGGUUUCCCGAGUCGGUUGAGUGCGAUCAACCGAUCGAAGUGAUCAGCUACAAAAUUGGCGUGUGCAAGGUGUCACCGAACGGUAAACAGUGUAACACAUCGUUCCAGCUGAUCGGUUACAACGAGCGGGAGGACAUCAGCGUAGUAUUGUGCAAGCCUCGUUCGGGUCGCAUGCACCAGAUCCGCGUUCAUUUGCAGUACCUGGGACAUCCGAUUCAAAACGACCCGUUGUACAACGACACGGUAUUCGGCCCGGAGAAAGGGCGAGCUGGCAAUUUCGGCAAGACCGACGAGCAACUGGUCAAGGAUCUAAUAUACGCUCACAACGCCGAAAAUUGGACCGACGACCGACUUCCUGUUUUACCGGUGGUAGACGAUAAACUUUCGGUUUUAACGAUGGCAGACGACAAACUUCCGGUUUUAUCGGUGGCAGACGACAAACUUCCGGUUUUACCUGCGACCGAAAACGGAGGGCAAGCGAAGAAUAGUGAGAUGGUCGGCGUGUCCACACAAACAGGAAUUGACAUGCCGGACAUUGGAUUUGACGAAAAAAAGCUCACAGUAGAUGCUCACUGUCAGGAGUGCAAGAUCCGCUACAAGGACCCAAAACCCUCAGAUCUUGUCAUGUACCUACAUGCUUUAAGGUACAGCGGGCCCGACUGGGCGUACGAAACGCCUAUGCCUGCAUGGGCCGAUGUCAAUUGGCAAGAACCAUGAUUCCUCUUAGUACACGACACUAGUGUAUCUUAACUUGUGGUAGUUUUGUUCGUGGUUUAUUUUGUAUUUUGACAGUUCGUAAAUACGUGUUUAAUAAAUAAUUGUUUUCAAUUUUAA